GAACUCUAGACAACGAGUUAAAACGGGGUGUUGUGAAAAGGCACAAAAAGUAUUCUUUCCAUUUUGAAUAGCAGCCAGUGUUGUUAGCGCUAACCCGCAGCAAGCUAGCCAGCGAUAGCUCACCCGGGAACCUCAUAAUUCAUUAUUUUCUUUACAUACGUGCACGUGCAUUAAACACAAGCAGUUAUUUUUUCUUUGAAUUGGCCUCGUAUCCGAGCCAGAGCAGCUAAUACGUGUUUAGCAGGAAAACGGGAGACUGGAUGUUUACACUGAGCUAGUUAGCCUAACGCUAGCUAGCGGCCUCUCAGACAGGACCGUAACGUCAGCCGAAUUGACCUGAAACUGGAGUUUACUAAGCUGCAGGUACGUUGUUGUGAGAGCUAGCAGAGUGCCAGGAUGGACUCUGAAAUUUUGAACAUAGAAGAGAUAGUGAUGGGACGAGGACUCCCUGAUCCACCCCCAGAGGUUCCUACUGAAAAGCCAGCUGAACCAUAUAAACCCAUCGCUCUGAAUGGACCUCCUGCUGCAUCUGUUCAAGCCUACCAGCAUGAGAGUCUGCAGUGUUUCCAGUGCUUCAUCACAUUCUGCAGUGCCAAAGCCAAGGAAAGACAUAUGAAGAAAAGCCACAGGGAAGAGUACAAACAACAGCUCCAGCAGGGAAACACCUUGUUCACUUGUUAUGUGUGUGAUCGUACAUUUCUGUCAUCUGAGGAACUGACACAACACCAGCCAACACACAGCAAGGACGACAAGCCCUUCAAAUGUGUUCACUGCAAGGAGUGCUUUAAAACCUUCUCUGAAUUGACGGCACACAGAAGACAGGUGUGUCCAGAGAGACAGAUGGUAUGUAAGGAUUGCCAUGAAAUCUUCCGGAGUGCUGCACUGCUGCGUACUCAUCGCCUUACCCAGCAUCCACGUCCAGAUGUAGAACCUGCAGAACAGGUAGAGGACCCUUCGAAAACCCAUCGCUGUAAAAAAUGUGGCCAGGGCUUUGAAACAGAGUCAGAGCUGAUAGCGCACCAGGAGAAGUACCCAGAAGGUCAGCAGUGCAACGGCAGUGCUACACCUGUCAAGAAACGCGGACGGCCUGCCAAAACUGAAGACCCUGCUGGUGCUGAGAAAAAGGGAAAGCGGAAAAAAAAGGAUGAGGCAGAAACGCCAGAGGAGGAAGUGAAGGCCAGCAGCACAUCGGAGUCAGCUGAGGAAAAAGGAAAAGCAGGUGCAGCAAAGCGUGGGCGUCCAUCUAAAGCUGCUGCAAAAUCAGAAACAGAGGAUAAGAGCCCUGAGGAUGACGGUCAGGCUUCUGCUAAAGAAAAGAAACCUAAAGUGGAGCCGGCUCCGCCCCGUCAGCACCCCUGUCCUGAGUGUGACCUUGCAUUCCCCGGUUUGAUCCAGCUCCGAGCUCACAAGAAGGAGAAACACACCCCACGUAAAGCCCAUCCGUGCGAAGAAUGUGAGGAGAGCUUUGCCCGUCCUGAGCAGCUGGACGCUCACAUGUCUCGAGUUCAUGCUGUUGGGCGCUUUGCCUGUGCAACCUGCGGGAAGAGCUUUGGUCGUGAGCGCACCUUAAAAGCUCACGAGAAAAGCCACCAAGAGGAAAAGCCUGAAAACCCAAGUGCCAAGAGAUAAUCAAGACUUGGGGACCUUGCAGGGAGUGUAUGGUUUUUGAAGUUUUAGUCAUGAAUUGUCCUUUUAUUUCUUUUAACAUUAGAAAUCUGGUGCUCCAGGUGAGACUUUCACAUGAGUUUGGAAUGGUUUCGAGAAUGACAUUUUAGCAAGUUUUGGAUUUAAAGCUGAGUGUUUAUCUCAAGCGGUUGAAAUUGUGGACAUGCAGAGACAUCUCCUAAAUUGACUAAAUGUUGAAUCCAUCUAUUACACCCUGUCUCACAAAGGCUAGAUUAUUUGUAAAAAAACAAAUGAUUUUGAUCCAAGUUUUUGGAAGUGAUUAGUUUCAGUUUUUUUACAGUGUGAAAUGCGUGUGGUGUGAGUUUAUUACUUGGUGUUUUGAGUUAUACAACUAAUUCUUUUGUCAAAGCUGUUUUAUUCGUUUUUGUAUUAUUUUUCAAAAAAGAUUGGGUAAGUAAACACAUUGAAGCUAAUUAGAUACCUUUAGAGAAACCAUGUGUGAAUGUGUAGACAGUUUGUCAAAAGAGAAAUGUACUGUACAGGUUCUGGUUCAUGUUUUUGCUUUUUUAUUUUACACUUUAUGUUUCUUGCUAAAUUAAAACAGAUUGAAAAGGAUUUUAAAAUAACAUGAGCAAGAUUUUACUUAAAAUGUAUUUUAGCCAAUUGCUUCAGAUCAAGGUGGAGUGUUUGGCCCAUGGGCAGAUAUUGUCCAAUACAAUCCUGAUCUGUCUUACAAUAAAAAAUCCUCCAUUAUUUUUUUACUCAUUAGGACAGCAUUUUAUGUCUUAGACAUUUCUUAAAUGGAACUCAUGGCCCUUAAAUGCCUCAAAGUCCCAAGGGAAUUGUGUAUAUCUUGUUUAAUUCACUGACCUGAUUGUCUCUCUUCCCACUGCAAUGUGUCUGACACUGCAAAAAUGUAAUAAAACAUGCUAUCCUUAAGGGAGGCUCCUGAAGAAA